AUGUCUGACGUCGAGGAGGUUCCCCAGGACGUCGAGCAGGUCGAGGUCGCCGAGACCGCCGCCCCCGCCAAGGGCGCCAUGAGCAUCGAGGACGCCCUCCAGGAGGUCCUCAAGAAGUCGCUCAUCCACGACGGCCUCGCCCGCGGUCUCCGCGAGUGCGCCAAGGCCCUCGACCGCCGCCAGGCCCACCUCUGCGUCCUCGUCGAGACUUGCAACGAGGCCGAGUACCUCAAGCUCAUCGAGGCUCUCUGCACCGAGCACAAGAUCGACCUGCUCAAGGUCUCGGACCCCAAGACCCUCGGCACCUGGGCCGGUCUCUGCAAGAUCGACCGCGAGGGCAACCCCAGGAAGGUCGUUGGCUGCUCGUGCGUCGUCGUCCGCGACUACGGCGAGGAGUCCGAGGGCCUCAACGUCCUCCUCGAGUACUUCAAGAGCCGUUAA